AUGGCGUCCAAUACCUGGGAACAGCACAAAAUGAAGAUUGUGCUCAUGUACUGUGUAGAGAAACAGCCUCUCUCGCAUAUCAUCUCCUACAUGAAAGAGCAUCAUAACUUCGACAAGAAAUCAUGUCAAUACGAAUACCGACUCCGAACAUGGGGAAUUAAGAAGAAUGCGACGAAACAGGUUUGGAACUACGUAGCUCAUUGUAUCCAGAAGAGGAACCGAAAAAGCAGAUGUUCGAAAGUCAUACUUUACGGCGUUCCUGUUCCCGAAGAAAGGCUGAGGAAAGAGGUCCAGAGAUAUACGAAUAUCCCGAGAGCCGCUGAGUUUGGACAGAGAGUACCUAGUCCACAAACGCCAGACAGCAAUGUCGUCUGUGUUCGGAGUCCAAGUGUUAUAGAGCUUGGUUCUAUUUGGCCAGAGACGCUUCCUUGGCUCCAAUUCGAGCAGAAACUUCGUACCAUUUUAUACCAACCGUCCGGUCUUCUAGAUUCUCUCUGGACGACAUUCGGAUCGGUUACACUGGAACCACAAUAUCAGAAGAACGAGGACUUGUGGUCGCUCUUCCCAAUGUCAGGAGAUAUUUCAAUGCUUCGCAGAGCCAUUUCGCAUUAUUCCAAGAUGAUUCCAAGCAACUGUCCAGAAAUGAAUCAGCUCAAAGCACUAGUACCAGCUAAUGAGUCCGACUCAAUAGCUAUAGACAUGUUAAGAGUUAUAUUCUUCCAAUUGUCGAAUAACUUCUGGGAUACAGGCAAUUUUCAACAACGCGAUCAAUUCGUGCUACGAAUCGUUGAAGCACUUUCACGCAGUAGCCCACAAAUGGUGUCUGCUCUCCUCGCAGACAAUUCCCGGACUGCAAACGCUAUUAAGGAAUCCAUAUAUAAAUCAGCAAUUCGAGAGAAAAGUUAUGCAAUUGUUUCUCGCCUUCUGGCGUCUGGGAUUGACCCCAGACUGCCUAUGACACUGAGUGACGAAUUUCGUAUAUCGCUAUCACGCGUCUUGCAGCGGGGAAAAAUAAAAUUGCACUUGGAAGGUUACUGGAAUCAGCCGUCGCUUUGUACUGGUAUACAAUUCGCGGCUUUUAUAACCGAUACACGCCUUGGAAAGAUUUUAUUGGAUGCAGGGGCAAAUGCGAACACUUCUAGUCCUGAAGACCUGCCACCUCUGGAGCUCAUUGGGCUUCAUUCGAACACCAAAGCUGAUUUUGACGACGCUUUGGAAUUUGCACACAUGUUGGUCAAAUACGGUGCUAAAGUUAAUCUGCCACGCCAAUUAUCUUGGUGUGGGAGUGUAAUAUCGAGUUCCUCUCUUGAUCUUGCUCUUGGAAGAUAUGACAAGCCAUUGGCAGACUUCUUAAUCGAACAGGGCGCUAAUAAAACAAUGUACACUUUUUUGGACUUUCAGGGAAGACAAGGAGGCUGGUUUAGUCGUCAACUGCAGCCGCGUGGUUUCCGCUACUCACCUUUGUUGGUUGCCAUCGUUUCAGGUAUCGACGAGAUAACUGAACAAUUGCUACAGCCAAUCCUCUCAGAUCCGGAUCAAGCACCUCUAAAUUUCAUUCAAGAUAUUUUUAUUACAUCAUGCUUAGCAGGGGACUCUGCUAUUGUGGCUAAACUCCUAUCGAGAACAAACAUCGAUCUAGACAAAGAUUGGGUGCGUGGGAUCACGCCUCUAGUUGCGACUGCCUGGAACCCUGAUGUUACCAUAGCCAAGAUGUUGCUAAGGGCAAGGGCAGAUGUUGGCCCAAAGGUGAAUGAAAGUGCUACGCGAACAUCAAUACCUUGCCCGCUGCACGUUGCCGCUUUCCACGGAAAUGCAGAGUUAGUACGGAUCUUGAUAGGUCAUGGGGCGAGUUGCAAUGUACAGCUAGAUUACAGGGACGACUCUGAGGUCAACUAUUAUUACUGGGAUGACUCUGAGCCCCGUCUCUUGCCUAUGGGCCUUUCAUAUCCACUCCAUCUUGCCCUAAUGAGUGAGGACUCUGAGACGAUUACUCUUAUUUUGCCUCACUCGGAGCUCAUCGGGGGCGAAAUUGCCCAAGCGGUCAACUUCGGCGACAAGACCAUUAUUUCAAAACUUAUCUCUAAAGGAGCAGAUAUCCAUUCCAUUAGUCAGGAUGGCACAGCAGCGCUCGAAUCAGCAGCUGCAAAUGGUAAUACAGAGAUUGUCUCUCUAUUUUUCGCCCUGGGAGGAAAUUACAGGUCCUCUGCACUUUAUAAAGCUGUAGCGUUUGCCAUCGAAUCGGGAGAUCACUUUUUAGUAUCAGACCUAAUGGGGUAUCGCCCAGCCGGCCCCAUCGACAGCUAUGAAGCCUCGUGUCUAGUUCUAGCCUUACAAGAGAGUGAAUGGGAUCUCGUGCACCAAUUACUAGAUUCAUUGGCACCUGGGCCAUCACAGUCCUUUUACCUUCUGAAGAGGAACGUGAAGAAUGGACUUGAAUUGAACACCAUCCCUGCCUCUCAUGAAUUUCCAGAUCACAGUGGGACAGGAAUUACACCACUCUGGGCUGCCUAUUUGUUUGGCAAUGUCUCCAUCGUUGAAGAAAUGCUCCAGAAAGGAUACACCCUUCAAAAGGGCGACCAAAAAUCAUUCGGUUGGACCGCAUUAUACCAUGAUGACGAACGAUCAAACUCGGUCCUACUAUUCCUUUUGUCUACAAGUCAAUUUGAGUGUUUAAAUCAAGAAGGCCGUCAGAUGCUUCUUUUAGGCUCAAUCAAGCUGUGCGACCAACAUAAAACACGAGCACAUGAAUACAUCAAGCUUAUUGAUUCUUUAAACUUCACGAAUGGCGACGAUGGGGAUCAUUCCCCGUUGACUUUGACUGUAGAGAUGAACCGGAGUGAUUUGAUAAGCGAACUUAUCAAUGCUGGUGCCGAUGUCAACUAUGUUGAGACCAAAAACCCAGCGAGAAUUAAACGGUCAGCAUUGCAAAGAGCCGUGGAGUUCGGGUAUAUCGAUAUUGUGAAAUUACUUAUAGAAAAAGGCGCUCAUAUCAACCAGCCAUUACUUUCUAAUUUUCAAAAUACCGCAUUACAAGCUGCAGCGGGUUAUGGGUGUCUUGAAUCACUUAAGGUUCUGAUUGAUAAAGGGGCGGAUAUAAACGCACUGCCAGCCAAACGUUACGGCCGUACCGCUCUGGAGAGCGCAGCAGAGAAUGGCAGACUAGAUGUCGUCCAACUUCUUCUGGACAACGGCGCGAGUUUAAGAAGAGAGAUGAGGAUAUAUUAUGUUCGAUCCGAAUACGGGUCAUGGACCCUAGAAGACCAGAUACUCUACGAUCGACCAAGUACGCUCGAGGUGGAAGGGUAUUUUCAUUAUGAUGAACAAUCAAACGACUGGAAUUUUCAGCGGGUGAAAUGGGAUGAUGAUUCUGGGUGGUAUAGCGUGGCAUCGACAAGUACGACUUCUUCCGCUGAAGAUGGCACUUAUAAUAAUUCAUCAGAAAUGAGAGGUAGUGAUCAUAGAGAAUUGGCCAUAUGGCGUGAGCCGGAACGAGAUAUGGAAGAUUGGUUUCGUACCUUGGUAGACACGUUUGACGAAUCUGCAGGUUUCGGUGCUUGCUGGGAAGAAGAGACAAACAAUCACCUCACUUUACCGUUUAGAACAAACAGUUUCCAAGGAAAAGACAAUCCCCUACAAUUGAGCGAUGAAGACGCAGAGACUGCAAUGGUUGAAUUGGCAGAAUCCUGCUGGGAACAACAGUCAGCUAGUCGACCGGACAACGUCGAAUCCCAACUGACGACAGGAGAACAACAGCGCAGGGCAGAAAAUGCCAGAGCUUGUAGACGAGCAAGUUCUCAUGACGGACACGGCGCUUAUGCUAUGGAAUGA